AUGAUUAAUCGAGCACGACCUACAAAUCGUGAUUUGGUUCGUCGAGAUGUUCUUCAAGGAAUUAAUUCAUCAACAAGUAAUUUAAUAUUAAAAUUAGUUGAAUAUUAUUAUAAUGAUGGAACAGCAAAGGAAUUACUUUGUUUAUAUGGAACUGUAACAUGUCAAUACAAAGGAAAUCGUUAUAACAUUCCAAUAGAAAUAUUUCUUCAACCAGAACAUCCAAUUGUUGCACCAGUCGCAUAUGUUAAACCAACAACCGAUAUGUAUGUUUCACCAACAAGUAGAGAUGUUCAACCUGAUGGAACGGUUAUUAUACCUUAUAUGAGAAAUUGGCGUCAUCCAAAUAGCGAUUUAAAUAAUUUAAUAAAUGCAAUGUCUGAUGCAUUUAGUCAAUCACCUCCUGUAUAUUCAAAUGCUGGUGGUGGUGGUAGUACUACAACUGCUGCUGCUGCUACUCAUUCAACACCAUAUCCAACACAUACAUCAAUGCCAAUGCCAUCGGUAAUGGGCACAGGCGGUAGUGCAGCAAGUACAUCACAUUCAUAUCCAUAUGGAUAUCCACAAACACAAAUUCCUCAAGAUGUCUAUCGAGAUUCACUUCAAACAGCUGUUUUUGAUAAAGUUCGAAAUCGUUUAGACGAAACAUUACAAAUAGGAAAUGCACAAAUUGAUUCACUUAGAAAAACAGAACAAGAUUUACAAGAAGGAGAUAAAAAACUUCAAAUUAUGAUUAAUGAAGCUCAACAACAACAAAUUCAAGCACAAAAUUAUAUAUCAAAUAUUAAAGCAAAAACAAAUGAAAUGUUAGAUGCAACACAAAAAAUGCCAUCUUCAUCAUCAUCAUUAGGAAAAGAAAAUUCUGUUAAAGAUGAUGCUCUUAUAACUCCUGCACCUGUUUACAAACAGCUCUUACAAGCUUAUGCUGAAGAACAUGCUAUUCAAGAUUUAUUAUAUUAUCUUUCUGAUGGACUUCGAAGAGAAGCAAUUGGAUUAGAUAUUUAUUUAAAACAUGUUAGAGAAUUAUCUCGUAAACAAUUUAUUUUACGAGCUACAAUGCAUAAAUGUAGACAAAUUGCUGGCUUAUCUGUUAAAUAA